CCUCCAACGGGCAUCACCACCACAUUACGGCUCUUCUUGCUCACACGCCCUGAUUCCGUCCCCGUUUGUGCCAUAGCCCGCCUGCCACCCUCAGCUGUUCCAAAUUCCACCCAUUGGCCACAAAACGUACAUAGCAACUCCGUCCCAUCACCAACUUUGUCUCUCUGAUUCGACCGAACGCUCGAUCUCCACCUCCAUCCGUCCCACUUCACCACCAGUGCAAUCAUGACGGCAGACACUUCCCAGAACUACUCAGACGGCGAGGACGCCCAGCUGUCCCGUCCUCCCAUCACCACCUCAUCGUCCACCCCCAACUUGAUCAGAUCUCUAGCAGGGCUAGAGGACCAGUCAAGAGGCACCCCCGAGCAAGGCGUCAAAGAACACACCCAUUUAUUCCAACCACCUGCUAUUGGUGAGCUCGGCAAAUACGAUAUUUUGGACUGGUUCUCGUUCAGGCACUCCGACGACUACAGGGCCGCUAGAAUCAACAUUCCCGAAGACAGAGACCCAAAGUUGAUCACCAAAUCCAAAUACAAGAAAAGAGUUUCCUUCGAUACUAUCAACCUUCAGUACAAUGACGAUUUCGAUGAUGAAGACGGCGAAGAUGAUUGGGGAAUGAAUGGCUUCGUCGACCGUGGCAGAGGCCGCGAGAAGAGCAGAAGCCCUUCGAUGUCUCUGUCGAGGCACUACUCGGUUUCUCCCAGCAGAAGAAUGCCUUCACCAUUGAGAAACGGUGGCAUUGACUUCACCAACAUCGAUAUUGCCAGGCUCAUCAAACCUAUGAGAACGGAUUAUCCCACCAGGCCAAUCAUCACCCAUCGUGGAUGUACCUUCACCAAGCUCCACAGGGACUUUGAAAAUUUGUACUUGGCAAAGAUCCCGCAAAGACCUGUGUUGCCUAGACGAACAAUAUUGGUGUAUGUCAGUGCCAGAAAACACACAUGGGUCGCUUUGGAUUGGGUCUUAAGCACCUUUAUAGAACAUGGUGAUACAGUGAUUGUGGUUUCUGCAAUUAAAUCGGAGCAAUUUGUGUGUACGAGAAGACGUCUGUCCCAAUUUUCUCCACAAAGAACCCCAGCGAUGACGCCAAGAAUGAGAUUGAGGCAAAGAAAUAGACCAGAGUACACUAAAAUCAUAGCUAAAAAUCUUAUGACUUAUAUCAUGGAAGUGAUGAAUCCUGAUGUCAUUACAAAAGUGUCCUUGGAAUUGGCAGUUGGUAAGACGAAAGAUGUUUUGAAGGAAAUGUACAAGUUGUACGAACCAAAUUUGGUUUGCACCGCAACUAAGCAGAAUUUGAGAAUUAGUGCACCCUUAAAGUCAUGGAUCUCUUCCAAAUUAACUGACCGUUUGGUCAAGAAUUUCCCAUUGCCUGUUAUUGUGGUUCCAGCCAUGAAUAUGAAUGAUUUUGAGAGAAAAUUAGUUCAAAAGAUAGAGAAGAGGUACGAAUCUUCGCCGGAACAAAUUGUUCAAAAAGUGCCAGAGGUUUCACCAGAAUUGGAAAAAAAGUUGAUCAACGAUGACGAUGCAGCCUCAAUCAAUUCCAGUGAUAGUUUUUCAUCCAAUGAUUCCUACUCUUCAUACGAUGAGAUUUCCAAGCUAUAUGUUGAUUACAAACAGGAUUUGGAAUCUAAUAUUAAACUCCUUGCGAAAGAGCCUUUGAAUGAGGACUUUUACGCCAGCUUUGCCAGAAUAGUAACAGACAAGUCUGCUCGUUUGUGUCAGGAGAUUAGAGAAAUAGAUCCGGACACUCGAGGCAAGGGAGCUAAGCUUGCAGAAGUUAUUACAGGAGCAAAUUCAUUUGGGAUGGCUGCUCGUAAAACAAAGUCAUUAUUAGAGCCCAUCGAGAAGUCUAAGUCCGAGACUCCUUCUUUGGGACCUGGUUUGUCCUUCAAAGAAAUGAAACGGAAUUUGAUGCUCAACCAAGAGAAGUCAAGUCCACAGUCUCCCAAGUCCCCUUCGCCUGCUCCCGCAGUCCCCCAAAUCAGUGUCCACUCACCAUCGGAAGAGACUAGUGCCCCGGAUCCAAGAAAGAGUGCCUUGAAAUUUGUCAACUUGGAGUCGCCUAGUGCUGCGAAGCAACAGCAGGGUGAACAAAAGAAGAAAGAGGUUUCGAACCACAAGUCAGCAUCACUUGAAAUUGAAAGACAGUCUUCUAGACCUAAAUUGAAACCAUUGUCUUCCCAUCCCGAUAUCACCAGUCAUUCCAGUUUGAAUUCAGGGUCCUCCGACAGUCUCGGCAAGCCUAAGAAGAGUAAGUUGAAAAGGUUCUGGAAACUUUUUUCAUGAGCUAACGGGUUAUGCGUUAGUGUAACUAGAUGAAUAGAGCCUUCAAUACAGGUGUGCAUAGAAA